AUGUCGUACAUCGGAAAUGCCUCGGAUGUGGAGCAGGAGAAAAACCUAACCGAAUAUCGGCGUCAGCGCAGUUCCAGCAGCUUGAUGCCGGAAAGCUCCAAAUCCGGACGCAGCCCCAAACUUUCCGACGUGCUGUGGAACGACAAACGGGCCAACCAAACCGACGAUGACGAUUCGGAAGUAUCGGACAGUGAAAACUUCCUAGCCAAAGGAGCUUUCCUGCUAACACCAUCGCAUGAACUGUCGAUGGAUCGAGCAGCUCUGAUCUGCGAAAAGAUGAACUUCAAAGGUUGCUUUAGUCUAACGAAAACGGCCACUGGAAUACUGUUCAAAUUUUCUAAUCCAGAAGACUACCAGGCCGUCUUCAAGAAGGGAUUCCACAAGGUAACUGGUGCACGAUUUUACAAGAAGGUAGCCAUUCCUUGUAGGCCACAAAAGACCUUCAUGCUCUACGUUUUUGACGUACCGGAGGAUGUGCCCGUGGAUGACAUCCGUCACUCGUUGUACCGAUUCAAUUCGGUUGUGGAAGUCGUCCGGCUAGUGGUGCACUACCAGAAACAAUCCAACUCCCAAGAAUCGGAACAAAUGCCAUCGGGCACUGCAACGCCCAAGCCCCAGCUGCCCAAGUUACCCACGGCAAAACCAGUCGACGAGCAAGACGUUGGCCUGCAGCGUGAAUCCCCACCGCCGCCCAUCCGGAUCACGCUUGCCUCAAUCGAUGAGUAUCAUCAUCUGCUGCAAAAUGGGCUUGACUUCUACGGUGCAACAUUCUUCCCGACCGAGCCGACGCUUCCGGCCCAGGCCGCCAAAAUCGCCACCAAGAAAGGAAGCCGCAUGAUCGACGGCAGCAUACCAGGGCGUGUCCGCGAGCUGCUCCCGGUGUUCGACGCCGCUGGAUUUAGCAAGAUUCCACCGCCGGCUUCCAAGACAAUCAAACCGCGCCCAUAA